UUUAUUCUUCCCGACAUCCGACGCCUCAAUUCGUGAAUCCUCUAUAAUCUCCAUCCUCCUCGACUCUCCGUCUCCACAGCGCCAGCGGAAACCUCUCGUGAUCCAGGUGAAGUAGACGAUCCGCGUCCACGGCCAGCGUCCUGGUGGGGUUCGACUUCGACAGGACCUUCAUCGAUUGCGACAGCGACGGCGGCUGAGUCAUUGUCAAAUUGGGGCUAGGGGAGAUCUCCGACCAACUUCGUCCCAUGGUGCAUCGAUCCUCAGAUUCUGUUCUUCUAAAGAUGCAGUUCUUUUAAAAGACUUCGCUUUUCUUUCAUUGUUUCCCUGCUUUUUAGUUGUGACUCCAGUUUUUUUUUUAAAACAAAUUUUUAAAAUUAAAAAGAAAAAAAAAUAUUUAUGAUCAACUUGUCAAAAAGUUGAAACCGAUUUACAUUUGACUAUUAAUCAUAUAUUAGUAGUUCAAUUGAUUAAACUAUUCUUUUAUUAAAUUCAUUAUAGCAUUAAAAAAAGGAUAAUUGUAACUAAAUAUAGUAAUUAUUCAAAGAAGUUUUAUUUUAUUGAAAAUUCUCUCCUUUCUUUCUGAUCUGCGAAAAUAAAUCCGAUUCCUGUUCCGAUUUACUCGCGCCAACCGAUGAGCAACCGUUGCUUCACAUCGCCAUUCCGCGGUCUCGGUCUUCUUCCCCUUUUCUUCAUCCAAUCCCUCUCCCUCUCCCUCUCCCUCUCGCUCUCUCUCAGCUCGGAUGAAGAUGAAGAAGACUUCUGACGACGACGCCGUCGAUAGAAGCAGAAGGAAGAGCCUCUAUGAGCUGUCCCUCACCGUUGCCGUACCUCUCUGGUGCAUCAUUUUCGCCCUCCACUCUCGAUUCGGCCACGGCCAUCGCCGUCGAGAUUUCUUGUCCGAUGAUGUCGGAAGCAACUUCGUUUGCAGGAGAACUCCGUUAGAGUUCUAUUUUCUUCCGCCGUUGAACAACACUUACUCUUGUUGUGGAUUGAAAGCUGAUGACGAUCCGCCGACGGAAAUCUUUGGAAUUGAAGAGAACAUCGAGGACGGAAAUAUCUCAGAUCGCAAGAAAGUCGAUCGGCGGGAUCGGGAUCGGGACCGAUAUAUUGGACUGGAUGAAUUCAGGAACCAGGCACUCCAAAGAAAGGAAAGUGAUGCAGACAAGCUGCAUGGCAAAAUUACCCACAGACUUGAACUUGAUGGUUUGGAGUAUAAUUACGCAGCUUCUUCUAAAGGUGCCAAGAUUUUGGACCACAACAAGGAAGCAAAAGGGGUGGCAAACAUAUUGAGCAGGGACAAAGACAUGUACCUCAGAAACCGCUGCUCAACCGUUCCGAAAUUCAUCGUGAUGGAGCUCUCCGAGGAGACCCUCGUCGAUGCCAUUGAGAUUGCUAAUUUGGAGCACUAUUCGUCUAACUUCAAGGAUUUUGAGUUGCUUGGAAGCUUGAGUUACCCCACAGAGACGUGGACACUGCUCGGAACCUUUUUGGCAGAGAAUGUUAAGCAUGCCCAGCGGUUCAUGCUUUCAGAACCUAAGUGGGCAAGAUACAUGAAGCUGAACUUGGUCAGUCACUAUGGUUCAGAGUUCUACUGCACAUUGAGCUACAUUGAGGUUUAUGGUGUGGAUGCAAUAGAGCGGAUGCUCGAAGACCUCAUUGUGGUUUCUGAUGAGCCUGCAGCCAGCUACAAUUCUGUCAAGGUUGAUCCAAAACUCAAUGACAAAGUUGAGGUUGCUCAAGUUAACAAUUCUCGGGUUGAUGAUCCAGUAAAAUUAGACCCUAACAGGUCGAAGAAUGGAGUUUCACAGGAGAGCAUGCAUCAUCCUAAGCAGCCGAGUGGAAGGGUACCGAGUGAUGGCAUUUUGAAGUUUUUGAUGCAGAAGGUGAGAUCAAUGGAGCUCAGUCUUACGAUACUGGAGGAAUAUGUUAAAGAGCUUAACAUAAGGUACAGUGAAGCUCUUCCUGACCUGCAGAAGCAGUACUCUGAAGCUGCACUACUCUUGCAGAAAUUGAACUCAGAGAUUAAGGAACUGAGCCAAUGGAAGGAGGGUGAGGCUAAGGAACUCAAUGAACUUGGGAGCUGGAGGUCCUCAGUUUCAACUGAAAUUGAUGCUUUGGUUCGAGAAAAUGCCUUGUUCAGAGAAGAUCUGGAGAAGAUCAAGAGCAACCAAGAUUUGCUAGAGAGCAAGGAGCUGGCAGUAAUUGUGAUCAGUCUUUUCUUUGCUUGUGUCGCACUGUUUAAGUUAGCUUGGCACCAAAUUAUGGGAUUGUUCAAGCCCUGCAAGUCCCAUAACAGAAGGGAAUACCUGUUAGUAUUUGUAUGCAGCAGCCUAAUAAUGCUCAUAACUUUACUUUACUAUUAAAUUUUCUUAUGUCUUUGUUUAGGUUAUUUAAAGUUACACUAAUGUAGCAUGUCUCAGCUACUGAGAACAGUAAAACAAAACAGUUGAUGAAAGAUAUUUUUGUAGAAAACACA